UAUCCCCCAAUCUCAUGUUCUUCAAUCUUCUACACAAACAGUGAGAAAAACAACAAAAAAACCCUAGAUCAAUCUCAAUUCGGAGAGAGAAAACUCAGAAAAAAGCUUGAAUCAAUCAACAAUGGCGAAAAACUUGGCCUCCAUUUUUGGUACUGAAAAAGAUAGAGUUAAUUGUCCUUUCUACUUUAAGAUCGGAGCAUGCAGACAUGGCGAUCGAUGUUCUAGGCUUCAUACUAAGCCUAGUAUUAGUCCUACUCUUUUGUUGUCUAAUAUGUAUCAACGUGCUGAUAUGAUUACUCCUGGUGUUGAUGCUCAGGGUAAUCCUAUUGAUCCUCGCAAAAUUCAGGAGCAUUUUGAGGAUUUUUAUGAAGAUCUAUUUGAGGAAUUAAACAAAUAUGGAGAAAUUGAGUCUCUGAAUAUCUGUGACAAUCUGGCUGACCACAUGGUAGGCAAUGUUUAUGUUCAGUACAGGGAAGAAGAAGAAGCUGCUAAUGCACACCGUAAUUUAACUGGGAGAUUCUAUGCUGGUCGUCCUAUUAUCGUAGACUUCUCUCCAGUCACAGAUUUUCGCGAAGCAACUUGCAGGCAAUAUGAAGAGAAUAAUUGCAAUCGAGGUGGAUAUUGUAACUUUAUGCAUCUGAAGAGGAUCAGCAGGGAGUUGAGGCGUCAAUUGUUUGGGAGGUAUAGAAGAAGACAUAGCAGAAGCAGAAGCCGUAGUAGAAGUCCAUACAGACGUAGAAGCUAUGACUAUGAUGACCGACACCAUGGGCGUAGUCAUAGCAGCAAAAGACAUGAUGAUAGGGAUAGCUAUUAUGAAAGUAGAAGCAGGAGGCAUAGAAGCACUAGCCCUGAUCACAGGCGGGGAAGAAGCAGAAGUCCUGCUAGUAGGAGGGACAGAAGAAGCCCUAGCAGGGAAGGUAGUGAAGAGAGGCGUGCAAAAAUUGAGCAAUGGAAUAGGGAAAAAGAAGAGGCUGCUAAGAUGCAGACUGACGCUGGCAACAAUAAUGAUGUCUAUUACAAUGAAGGUGCAUGCAAUGGUGAAGAAAAUUAUGGGUUCCAGCAGCCAGUACAACAAACUCAUCAGGAGGGAUAUUGAUUAACUUGGACAUGGUUCGUUUCUUACUAUUUAUUUAUUCGUGGUGUGGCUUGUUAAAGAUUACUCACAAUGGCUUUGUUCAAAAGUUAAUUAAAUUUUUCUUACAGCCCAUUUUCCAAUGUGCAGGUGUGCAGGUUCACACUUAUGUCACAUAUGGAAUGUGAUGUGUUUCUCCUUUUUAUUAACAAACUUCUUCCAUAUUGCAUGAUGCAUGUUGUGUUCAAAAUGUUUUCUUCUCUAAUUUUCCUUUUUUGAAUUUGUAAAUCACCAUUUUCCGACAGAGCUGUUAAUUAUGUCUAGUGUUGCAUGCAUAUCAAUUGUUUGUUCUGUAACUUCUUUUAAAGGCAAAAUUAUUCAUCUUCCUAAUUUCAUUGUUAGUAUUAGUCUCUAAAAAAAAAAAGAAAAACAAAAAAACUUCUCUUCUUUAUCAAAGAUAUUUUGUAAAAAUUUCAUGGUGUCCAUUUUAAACUUUUUAUCUUGCCCUGUAAUCAAACUUAUCUUGAGAUUUUAUAUUUGCAUCUUUCAUUGUGCAUGUUCUUUCUGACUUUCUGUGGUAGAAAGUGCAGGCUUAACCUUGCUGUCCUAUAUCUCCUAAUUGUCAUCUUUCCUGUGACUCAUACAUUAGUCAAGUCUUUGUUUGACAUUUUAUCAUCCUGCUGUGUCAUUCAGUUACAAAAUAUUGUAGAUGGAAAAACUCUUGUCAUUGUUUCUUGUUGUUCUAUCAUGCCUUUUAGUCUGGCUUUUAAAAAGAAAAUCCCUUACUUGAGUGUAUACAGUCAGGAAUAAGCCACAGCACUUCCAGAGUAGUGACAGCAAAGUCUCACAUGGUUGUUUAUUAGGUUUUAUCCUCCUCGAUAAUAUAUCCUCGGUCAAGAUCUUACGUUUAAAUGAAUUUUGCAGGUGCAGUUUUUCCUGCUUCAGGAACAAGCAUCUUUUUAACCAUAGCUUAUGGUGGAAUUUUGUGUACAGGUGAUCUAUUUUUGGAAAUAUUGGAGGGUUGCGUUUGCAGGUUGCAGGUUGUAGGUUGCAGGUUAUUGCAGGUUCUUGGAAAGAGGUGUUUCGGGUUUAAAGGUCUCUGAAAGAAUUAUGUAAUUCUGUUUUUUUUUUUUUUUUUUUUUUUUUUUCCAUUUGAUCUUAAGCUCUAGUUGGAUAUAAAGCUUUGUAGCGUUUUGUAUUCGAGACCAAUGGUUUAGCAGGAAGUUUAGGAGUGUCAAUCUUGCUAAUUAAUUCUGUAGGAUACUAGUAUUGGGAUGCUUGCUUGUACUGGACAUAAUGUCAAUUGAGCCAAUCAUGUUAUUUAGUGAACAAUUUUCUUAUUGCUUCUUGCCAAUGGGAAUGCCUUCUUACUGGAA